AUGCUCUUGUCCAGCGGCAUGCACCGAAAUCCCCUGCCCCUCCUUGCAGACUCACUACCGGCAUCUGCACGUCGUAAAAAGCUCGAAGCGUACUUGAACACGGUGACUGGCGGGCUUGUCAACCUCGUGUCGAAAGACCAGACCAUCAAUCGAACUUUGCAGCGCCUAUUCCCUACAGCCGACAACCUAAAGAGCAUGAUGACGGUUCAACUUAUGCAUCAAACAUGCAAAGAAUGGGUGGAGGCCGCUACGUUCAAACAUGUCGUACUUGGGAGUCGGGCUGGUUCAACGCCUGAGAAUGGUCAUUCUUUUUUAACCAGAUUCUGGGCAUAUCAACUCGCCAUGUUCGGUGAGCCUGAUGAACUCGCUGCACAUGUAAAACGGUUUGCCUUCCACGCGGUUGAAGCUGAGCGAACAACUGGUAUCAGCCAAUACGACUUUCUCAGAUCGUUAUCGGGCAGCUUCUACGAACAGCUUGGCCUGUAUCGUGUUGGUUCUGCGGCGAGCUUUGCAGUCCAUCAAGGACUAUGGCUGUAUCUGGAGGACGCUUUCCACAAUGCAGAUACGAGCAUUGCAGAGUCAGAAGAAUGGCUGUUCUCGAUUCUCUGGAGAAGUGAGAAUGGGAACCAUGUUGUCCCCGACGCUAGAGCGGUUGAGACCAGCAAGUUGCUGCUCCGGCUCGGCUUCCAAGCUUCCCUCGACCCCAUCGGUGUUUCCAGGUUGGCCAGCCGAAUGGUGCGAUGUCAGGCACGACGCCAGGACACGAUGUCGUUUGAGGAGUUAUUCCAAGCUGCGAUAUCAACAACGUUGGCUGCCCAUACUGCAUUCCCAGGCUUUCAAAGAGAGGCACCAUUCGACUUUCUGAACACUUUAAACCGCUUCAGCCUCAUAACUCUUGGCCCACCACGGCUGGUGGAAUGGAUUCUCGAGCGCCACCCAGAUUAUGCCAACUACGACACGCAAUUGGGGACACCAUUGGAUCACCUAGUGGGUCUAUUCGACAACUCGCCCUCCGCUACAGUUGAGUUCCUUGGUAUGGACUGGCUUUUUGAGCAUCUGAGCAUUCUUGUACGCCAUGGUGGCUGCUUCAAAAUAGCUUCCGAGACCAUGAUUCGGAAUUUCUUCCGAUAUCUAUCACAAAAUCGCUAUGAGGUCGCGCCUCUUAUGCGAGAUGUAGCUCCUGGGCUAUGUUUGACUGGAGAACCGACGACAGAGCAGUACUGCUGGUUAAAACUCCGCAUUAGACGACUUGACCUUCCCGAGGAAACAAUUACGCACUGGCAUCAACGGCUACUUCGCGUUGCCCGGACGUCCUUGCAAGACGAUGAGCUUUCCGAUGUAGAUAUUGGGCAGCAAACCCGGAUCCUGACUUCUUCAGACGAACCGGGCCUCGAACCUCUUGAGCUCGAAGGUUGGGCUAUACAACCUGAAGAAGAGCCCUCACACCAGGGACAGCAAGUAGUUGCUGGGGAACAACAGCUGCGGCCCGAACUGCGGCCAGGUAAUCCCAUCGGGUCACAAUUACGCCCUAGCGUGCAGAGAGAUGCUCCUCGAAGUACGUCAUUCACUGACCAACAGCAAGAGUCGUCCCGAGGUCGCAAUGGUACCAAUGCGCCACCUAGUUCGAAGUCUCGACUCCGUACACGUGCCAAGCUGCUGGGCAUCUUCGGUGGAAAGGAUCCUGCCUGA